AUGGUUUUCUAUGCUACGGAAGCCGAACCCGACAGUCUCAUCUCCGUCGAGACAAUCUACAACAAGGACGUCGUCGAUCUAGGGCAAAACCAAAACCUAAUGCUCGAUUUCCAAGUGGAUUACACUCUUGCCCCUGAUGUAGAUUCAGACGGAGACGAGGAUCUCACCAAUCUUGAAACUCGAACCCUUCAUCAAAUUCAACGAUACGAUAAGGACUGGCUGAUCGGUGGAGAUGAGGACCAGAUACAAGCCAUCGUCUACCACAUUCUCGAUCUGAUCGAAGUCCCUUGUUAUACGUCCAUUGUUAGGACGCUCACUGAUGAGAUCGUCGGUUUGAAGGAGCUUGAUGCGAUCUCUCCGUUGCGUAACGUGGAGAGGAUCAAAGUCACGAUGGAUGUGAUUGUUUGGACGUUUCCAGGUGAAGGAGGUGGUGAUAUGGAUGUGAGACUUGCGGUGGCUCCUGCGAGUGAUGAGGCGGUUGAGACACACUUGGAGACGGUGAUCGUUGGGUCUGAUUAUGAAGGGUAUUGCGUGAUAUGCAUGGAUAAGAUCCGAGUUGGGACGUCGGAUGUGGAGGCGGCUCUAAUGCCGUGUCAGCACGUGUUUCAUCGCAUGUGUGUCGAGGAGUGGCUUAGGAAUAGUGGGGUUUGUCCUGUGUGUCGCGCCAUGCUCCCAUCUUGAACCCGUAAACCCCUCUCUCAUCAGCACUUUGUGUCGAUCUCGUUUGUUUAGUUAAGUUUUGAUUUGUGUUCGUGUUAUAAUGAACCCUAAUUUGUCAUUAUAUUGGCGAAUCAGUUUCUAGCUCUACUUUUAUUAAUUGUAUAUAUAUAGCCUUUCGUUUUUUUUUUCCUU